CCGAUUCUCUACCCCGACCACGUCGUGAAUGAGAAGAAAUGUUUCAAAAACUGGAUUGUCAUUGCAAAGGUUAUCAAGGUCGCAAUAUGUGGAAAGAUGUCACUGUAUCCUAAAGCAUGUGGCGGACCACCUCCUUAUGCCAAGAUAUGGCAGCUUACGAGCUGCACUCCUGGCCUAAUUGUGUUUGGUGUCACAUCAACCAUAUUCAUCCUAUCACCAGACCAAGAAUUCUCGGGUGAUGGAGUUGGUGCUAUUUCCUCGAUUGCAUAUCACUCCAUCUUUCGGACAGUCAAGAAAUUCUUCGUUGUUAAGUGGACUCACCAGCGCAUCAAAUCUGUUGUCGAGCAAAUCAAUGGAUACGUCUUUGAUGGUGUUGUAAAGACACAGCCAUCCAACGACACUCCGUGCGCUGUGGAGCAUGUCACUGAAUCUCUUGAUCGUGUCAUGGCUGUGCUGGAUGCCAGUGAUUCAGACUGGGAC